AACUACCUCAUAAUCUCAUAUACGCUCUGAACGACUAAACCCUGAAAAAAAUCAUCAGUUGAAGUGUUCAUAGAGGUUGGAAUGAUGCCGCAAAGUGCAAGGAGAAGCAGAUUCAUCUUCAGCGCUUUGAGAUCAUUCAGAAAGUCGAACGAUUCGUUGCAGAACGCCGCUACUAAGAGUUUUUCUGGUUUGGGCAUUCGCGAAUUCUCUUCUCUGUCAUCAGAAGCUUCUUCCUCGAAAGGUUCUGCACGGAGGGUCAUGCCUGAAGGUGAUGGACUUCCUUUACUAUCCAGAGGUUGUUCAAAUAUGAACCAUGUAGCACACUUUCGGGCACCAUUUCAGGUUGCCAAUGCCAAACAUGCAAGCUUCAAAGCACCUUACUUUGCUAGAAUGUUUGCUUCAAAGGCUUCUGAGUCAUCAUCUGGACAAAAGCAAUCAGAGGCACGAAAGGAGGUGUCUACUUAUGAUAAUCCGUUUGAUGCUCCCACAUAUAAUAUCCCAGAGAAUCCAGUGUCAUUUACAGAGGGAGCUUCCUACAGUAUUGCCAUCCUUGCGGGAUUAGGAGUCGCUGCUGCUGCAGGAUAUGCUGUUUUCAAGGAACUUGUCUUUCAACCGAAGGAGUACAAAAUAUUUGGGAAGGCUCUCGAUAGAGUUCAAAAUGACAGCCAGGUUCGGGUGAGAAUUGGAUCUCCUAUCACGGGCUAUGGGUCAGAGAGUAGAAACCGUGCGGCCCGUCAGCGCAUUCCACACCGAAUGUGGACUGAUGAAGAUGGAGUUGAGCAUGUUGAGGUGAACUUCUAUAUCCGGGGUCCGCACGGCGCUGGCAAAGUAUUUGCAGAGAUGUUCCAAAACGAAGAGGAGAAGCAGUGGAAGUUCACUUAUUUGAUUGUCGAGAUCCGUUCGCCUUCGCGCACGCAACUCAUGCUCGAGUCUUAUGUCCCGGCAUGAAUGAACAGUAGUUACGGUUAUGAACUUUUUUACUUUUACCGGGGGCCGUGAACAAGGGUUAAUUCUUGAAUGGGCAUGUUUUUGUUCUUGUGAAAUGAGUGUGGUGUUUGUGUUUGGAUCUUUGGAAUCCCUUGUGCUUUGACAAUGAAAUAUAUAGGUGGGG